GGACUCCACGUGAAGUUGGAGGAAGAACUCAGCACUGCCUUGGCCGAAGAAAGAAAAACGCGAGGCAAAGCGAUCUCAGAUGUGUGUCAGUACAUCGAGCACGUGGUGGCCCUGCAGGAGUCUGAUGCCAAAACAGAGAAACGGCGCACCGACAGUGUAGUUGCGGGACUUGAGGAUCGUGUGCAGGUAUUGGAAGAUUGUUUUUUCCGGCAACCUGAAUCGGCUGACGCGGUGGGCAACAUUGGCCAGAUGCCCGUGGAGCUGCCAGCACGUGGCAUGGUACCAGGAGCCGACAUCGAUUUCCCUUCCGCUCAUUCGCAGCCGGGCAUGGCGGCAUCACCAGCCCUUCCUGCCAGAACUGAUGCUCAUUCUGAGGGUCAGGCGGAAUCAGACUCUGGAGGUGCCUUUACCUUGUUCUCAGAGGAGAUGAGAGAAAGCUUGAAGCAUAUCGUUCGCAAAGUGGGUGACACCAUGUCCAAAGAUUCGGACAACAGGGCCGGGCAAGGAAGCCCACCGAAUAUGCGAGUGGUGGGCAUCUGCGCCCAGCCUCGCUCCGGCGCCGCUCGCAGCGUUUGUCCAAAGGGCUGCAGCCAAGGUGACAGCAGCGCCUCCACAGGCGCCAAGCCACGCCCCAGAAUUUGGAGGCCCUGGCGUAGUGCAGUCGCAGCUCUGGUUCAAUCCAGGUGCAGGCCAAUGAACGCUGCAUUGAAAAUGAGCGCGCGCACCGCGUGUGCCAAUACCUUGCCUUAUAGCACGCGGUGUUGGGCCAUUUUGUGCUUAUGAGUUGCAGCCUGCAUUGGAGGUGGGGGC